AUAUGUUCUACCUGUUGCGUGUUGCAUGCAGCCUGCGCACCGCCCAAUGUCAAUGAGUGUUAUAGCAAACUGUCCCGCCUAUAUGAGCUUUAAAUCAACUUCAUGGUGGACCCAAAACAUGUCAGGCGAAGCAAUUUCUAACCGAGCCAUGUCAACGAGACCUAACACAUUUCCAACACUUGUGGAAUUGAUUAUAUUAGAAUACUUGAUCAACUUCGAUUCAGAGUCCGCGGACAUCAUGAAAUGUGAAGUACACAAUGGCAGCGCCGCAAUCACUUACUUUUGAUUGACUGCUUCCCCGCCCCAGUUCGCACCUAUGCGGUUCACUCCUUACCUCGUCCUUGCGCCAACUGCAGCAGUCGCCUUCGCUCAACUCUUUGAUCCUCUGCAUCGAACCGCUUCUGAUAUCCAGCAACAACCACAGUCGCAGUCGGUCAACCACGCGCAAAUACCACUCGCAAAGCCUGCCGGAGAACUCGGCCCAGCCAUGCCGCCUUCCGGAGCGCCCCAAGCAGACGGCCCCGCGAACGCAGGGGGUGGCAGCUCUGUCAUGCUUUCGGAUGUUAUGGGUCGAGAUAAGAGCAUAAAUCUUUUUGCAGGAUUCCUUAGGAGCAUCGAGUCUCCAUCGCAGCGUCUAGACGAUCCGGCCAGGAAUACGACUGUCCUCGCGCCGCUCAACUCGGCGAUAGAAAGCCUUCCACGGAAGCCAUGGGAAGACCCGAGAGACUACAGCGCUUUGGGCGCAAAUGCAUAUGAAGGCGAGGAUGGACAGGGGAGAGCGCAGCGCAACCUGCGCAGGUUUGUCGAGGCUCAUUUGAUCCCAACCAGCCCAUGGCCGGCGGGGGAGAAGAUCAAGCCGGUGGGCGGUGAUACGGAGGUCUGGUGGGAGGAGAAAGACGGUGUGAAACGUAUCCAACCUGGAGACAUUGAGGUUCUUAGUGUAGGUAGCAGUGUCGUCAAUGGCGAAGUGUGGAUCUUGAAUGGCGUUCGGAAUGCCUCCUGAAAGGAGUUGACGACGGAGGUUAGGACGAAGGAAGCUUUCGGGUCUGAAUCAGGGCAUGGUACUGAACCGUGGAAUAUCAUCAACCGGUGGGAAGUCGGAUGAUGAGCUUGACUCGGUCACAUAGCAAGCAAUGAAUAUCUUGGUUUUCAGUAAUAAUAGGGACAACAAUUGAACAGGAGGACAUCCGGUCUUGCAAUAAAGCUCGCGAAAACGAGGUAUCGGGGUGAAUGCUUGUGGAUUUUAGUGUAGUCCGGCUGUCUGAGAACUGAUGCCUCUGCUGGUCACCCUACCUAACGGUUAUGGUAGGCGGUAGCCGUUGGCAAGUCUUCGAACAGGACCCACCGCAUAUGACAGGAAUGAUGAUGACACCGCACGUUGACGGCGCUGAAAUCGGCCCAAACGACGUCCAUGCGGUAGAACACGAGCCUG